AUGCAUUAUGUUGUGCUGGAAGUUGAAUUGGCGCACCGUGAAGACAGUCCGAAGGACUGGUCUCAGAUUGCCAAAUUUAACUACCAGUUCUUGGAUACUGAAACUUUAGAGCCUGUUUUUGAAGAAAACAAGCAUGUAGAAUUGGGAAAUGGUUGUACCCUGCAAGACGCGGUAGCGCAACUAGAGAAGGACAUAAGCGAACAUGCCAAGGACGACUUCGUACUCUGUUCUCUAAAUUCUACGUGGCACUUCAGAGUUACCAUUCCACGCCAAGCCCGUGACGAAGUUUUUAUUCUGCCGCCGCACUUGCAGCACCCAAAAGUUUUCGACUUGUGGAAGGAGUAUGAUAGAUGGUGCAUGAAUCAUCCGGAGACUUCGGCAAUGCGCCAGAACCCUUUGGGCAAAAGAACGAAGGAUCUCGCCGAGAUGAGAAGCGUGCUAGGGCUGGACGGAACUGAGGAAGGCGCCCAUCCUGAUGCAAACCAAAAUGGCGGUGAGCAGUCCAAAGCAGAGCAGUCAGGUGCAGAACAGCUGGUCGCGGGGCAGCCUGACACGAAGCAGCCUAGCACGGAGCUAUCCAGCUCUGAACAGUCUCCCGCUGAGCAGCCUGACACGAUUACGCAAGCAGUGGUCAUUAUCACGCAGCUUCACAAAAAGUGUGUUACUGCAGACGACAAAUCACUGGUUUUGACUCAUCCAUAUGACUCGUACUUGGACGUCCGCAACUUUCUACAAGAGAGAUCAAAGGUCCUUUAUAUGAAUAACUUGCCACCUGAUACAACCCAAAGCGAACUCGAGUCGUGGUUUACUCAAUUUGGUGCCCGUCCUGUGGGCUUCUGGACCGUGAAAAAUAUUGUCGAGGAAACAUCGAACGUUAACAACAACUGGUCCAGCAACAACAGCACCUACGUGGAAGCUCAGGAUAGCAUUUCCGGAUUUGUGGUGUUCCAGUCCCACGAGGAGGCUACAGAGGCGCUAUCUUUGAAUGGAAGGUCUAUUUUAUCUAACAUUGCCAACACUAAGCAGCCAAGAGUUAUUGAGCACAUCGUCGAAAUACAACCUUCUAGCGCACGCGUCUUGGACAGGGCUCAAGAAAUUUUGUCACCAUUCCCACAAAGUAAAAAUAAGCCAAGGCCUGGCGAUUGGAACUGUCCAUCUUGUGGUUUUUCCAAUUUUCAGAGGCGUACAUCGUGUUUCCGCUGCUCGUUCCCAGCAGCAAGUGGGGCUGGUAUGAACAACAACGGAUACAUGAAAAACCCGUUGCAACCACAUAACGCACAAGCAGGGUCUCAGCAACAGGCAGCAUAUAAGAUGAGGACGCCAGCUGGCCUUCAAGCUAUGCAAGUUCAGUCGGGUCCACAUAUGGGGCAGCCGCAACAGCAACAGCAACAGCAGCAACGCAUGCGGUACAACCAGGGCCAGCGGUUUGGGCAAGGGCAGCAACAUCAAGGCGGUUCAAAUGUGCCUUUUAGGGCGGGCGACUGGAAAUGUGCCACCUGCACAUAUCACAAUUUCGCCAAAAACGUCGUGUGCUUACGUUGCGGCGGUCCUAAAAGCACAGAGCACCAGCAAAAGGAAUUAGGCACGGUCAAUUCCUACACUGAUAUCCAAGAUAUUGGCAAUGGUAUGGGUAUUUCCUUGAACACAAGGAGUUUUUCGGAGCCUGCAUGGUAA